AUGGCCGACGACGCCACCUAUAACAUGGCCAAGCUUCAGCUUGACGAUGUGACCGGCGAGAUGGUGUCCAAGUCUGAGCUCAAGAAGCGCCAGCAGAAGCGAGCUAGGAAGGCUGCGCAGGAGAAAGUCCGCCAGGAGAAAGCAGCUGCCGGCCCAGCCCAGAGACCAGCAGCUCCAGCUCCAAAGCCAGAAGAGGUUCCUACCGAUCCCGAAGCCAUGUUCAAGCUGGGCUUCCUCCAUGACGUCUACGCCGAACGGCCGGAAAAGAAGGUAGUCACUCGUUUUCCGCCAGAACCCAACGGAUAUCUGCACAUUGGCCAUGCCAAAGCGAUUGCGGUCAAUUUUGGCUUUGCCAAGUACCAUGGUGGCGUGUGCUACCUGCGAUUCGAUGACACAAAUCCAGAGAAGGAAAAAGAGGAAUUCUACACUUCGAUCCAGGAAGUUAUAAAAUGGCUAGGAUUUGAACCAUACGAGAUCACAUACUCCAGCGACCACUUUGGAAAGCUUUAUGAGCUUGCGGAGAAGCUGAUCAGUCUGGGCAAGGCCUACGUUUGUUCAUGCAAUGAUACCGAGUUGAAGCUUCAGCGAGGGGGCGAAAAAGGGGCAACCCCUAGAUACCGCUGUCAGCACGCCGAGCAGACCCCUCAGGACAACCUGACCAAAUUCCGAGACAUGCGUGAUGGCAAGUACAAGCCCAGAGAGGUAUUCCUCCGCAUGAAGCAGGACAUCACAGAUGGCAACCCACAAAUGUGGGAUCUGGCCGCGUACCGAAUCAAAACGGACGAGCCCCAUCACCGUACUGGCUGGGAUUGGAAAAUCUACCCAACUUACGACUUCACACACUGCUUGUGCGACAGCUUCGAGGGAAUUACGCACUCACUGUGUACCACCGAGUUCAUCCUUAGCCGUGUGUCGUACGAGUGGCUCAACAAGUCGCUCGGGGUUUACGAACCUAUGCAGAGAGAGUAUGGACGUCUCAACCUGACUGGUACUGUGCUGUCAAAGCGAAAGAUCUCGAAGCUCGUUGACGAGAAGAUUGUGAGGGCUUGGGAUGACCCAAGACUCUACACUUUGAUCGGCAUCCGUCGACGUGGUGUCCCCCCCGGUGCCGUUCUAAAUUUCGUCAAUGAACUUGGCGUCACGACGAACAUCACGACCAUACCUACCAACCGAUUCGAGCAGAUAAUUCGAAAAUAUUUGGAAAAGUCUGUUCCUAAGCUGAUGAUGGUUCUCGACCCGGUGCCCUUGGUUAUCGAAGAUGCUGAGGCUGUGGACAUAGAGUUGCCUUUUUCUGAUCGAGCUGAGAUGGGAUCUCGCAGAAUUCGUUUCACGCCAACCGUUUACAUUGAUCGGUCGGAUUUCAGAGAAGUGGACAGCGAGAACUAUUUCCGUUUGGCUCCUGGAAAGACUGUUGGCUUGCUCAACGCCCCGUAUCCUGUCAAGGCUGUAUCUUUUACCAAAGACGAAACCACAGGAGAGGUGACAGAAAUCCGCGGCGUCUUUGAUAAGGGGAUCAAAAAGGCCAAGGCGUAUAUCCAGUGGGUUGGCACCGAAUGCUCACGGAAGGUAGAAGCCCGCGUCUACAAUGCCCUGUUCAAGUCAGAAAAACCAGACGAUGCGGAAGGGGGUUUUUUGAACGAUUUGAACCCGGACAGCGAGGUGAUCUACCCCAAUGCCGUAGUCGAGUCAGGAUUUGAUGAGGUCAAACGUCGAGCGCCAUGGCCCGAAGCUGCCGGUGAGAGUGAGCUUGGCAAGGGAGGUCCCGAGAGCGUGCGUUUUCAGGCUAUGCGUGUGGGGUACUUUGCAAUGGAUUCGGACAGUACUGAAGACAGAAUUGUACUGAACCGGAUUGUGAGCUUGAAGGAAGAUGUCGGCAAGAAAGAGUAA